UUCAAGGGCCUCGCUCACUGGACGUCGACGCCGUUCCCGGGGUGCUUCGGAUCUCGACGAAUACACAUCUUGGCCAAACCCAGCAACUCCUUGCAGUAGACGGUUCUCCAAAUGAACGCUGGACACUGCAUGUCUGGACUACAGCCCUCGGACUCUCAUGGUCCCACUCCAUCAUCGACCAGGUCCCAAGACGACCACCUGCCACAACGGUUAUUAGGAGCAGAGAGAAUCUUCCUCUUGUGUUUUAUGGUCGACUUGAAUUUGCUAUAUGUUUUGGACAACUCCCAACGACCUAGACCAUGGCCUCACUCAAAUGCAUCUCAUCUUUUGUCAACUCAGUUGUCCUUCCGGAAAAAAUUGUAUCGCGUCUGGCGCCUUCGCUGUCCACUUCCGACGUGCCCUGGGCAACGAUAACAGUCUUCCAGUGAAAACGCUCUGGGAGUCCAUUCUCUCUUGCCGCAACACGACGACCAAAGAUAACAUCAUGUAUGGCAACGUCACGGCCUGGUUUUACCAUGUUUUCGCUGUUGCUUCGGAUCAAUCGAUUGAUUUUUCAUGGGACAUACAACCAAUCACUUCCCCACGGGAUUACUGCAAAAAACUUGAGUUUCAAGGCAACCCGGAUCUCGCUAGCAUUCGGUGUAAGUUGGAACCACAACAAGCAUACAACUUUGAAACGACGGGUUAAGACAUUAAUUCGUCCAAGCCUUGAUCUUCAGGGAUAACCCCGGUAUAUCAUAGACCAAGAGCAUAUCAA